AUGGGCGUCUUAGCUGAAACAGGUGGAGAUAACUCUAUUCCAGAUGGCGCGACGAUCGACAGGGUCCCAGAAACCUGGUGUGAGAUCCGGGCAGGUCCGGAGUACCUGUUGAGAAAGUACGUCUUCAGAAACUCGACGUUCCACGCGCACCAGUACUUCUACGAAGAUCCCGACUGCAGCAGGCCCAAGUACGCCGUUUCCGCAUACGGGUCCUACCAGCUUCUCCGAGAAUCGUGGUACGUCCCCGGCGGAACGGAAGCCCAGUACCAGGUGAUCAAAGCGCAUGUUAUUCCGUACACACAGGAAAUGGCAGCCAUGUUGAACUCUCAUUUCAAAACGGGUUGCGUCGAUUUGAGUUUUGAAGACUUGAAACCGUUUCGGAAACAGUUGUUUAUGAGUAUUCCUCCAGACGAUUCGAACGAGGAAGAUGAUGAUGAUGAUGCGAAGAAGGAACUUCCAUUUGUGGACGAUAUCGAUUGCUCAAUGAUGCUGAAUUUCUCUCUGUCUGAGCUUCAGUUGGUGAGGACGGAGAUCAGACGGCACUAUAAACACCAUCAUGUUUCACAAUACAAUCAACCGAAGAAAAACAAACAUAUCAAAGUCGUUAAGGAGUUGCUGCUAGGCAAUGUUCACACCAGCAGACGACAGCGACAGCGGCAUCGGCCGUCAGCUUAUCAGACGCCGUUAAAGAUGGCCGAGACUGAGGGAUGUGGUGUGUGUUCUAGGGUGGCUAACUCCAACGACUAUUAUCCUCCCGAGCUGCGCACGCAUCACGGAAGCAUCAUGACGUUACAGGGCGAGUGGGUGAGCACGCGAUGCGAGUCUCGACAGCGCGGGAUGUUCCUAACCAGAUGGCUGUCCUUCCUGUCGGACGAGAAAUCGUGGCAGGGCCGCUACGACUACUACCAAGAUCCCUUGUGCACCGAGUCCAGCUUCACACUCUUCGCCAAGGGAAGCUACGCCGGCGGGAAAGCAUCGUCGCUGAUCCCGAACGCCAAGGACUACAGCUUCAAGGUAACGCGCCUGAAGAUCACUCCCAAGGACAUCAGAGUCACGGAUCAUCUGAACUACUACAGCGGUGGAGAGUGCGGCAAGGCGAAGACGUGGAAGUUGGGGGUGGAGCAGGACGUGACGUUCACGAACGGGUGUGUCACGCUUGGAAUCCAGCUGCCGAACAUCGAGCAGGAGGUGCUGAAGAUGGAGGUGGUGCACAGGAAGCUGCAUCUGUACGUGGGCGAGCGGUUCACGGACGAGCCGGUGAGGAGGUUCCGGGACAAGAGGCCCACCUCGUUCCAGGAGCCGCUCGUCAAGUGCGACUCGGUCAGCAUGGGCAUGCACAUUAACUCCGUGUACGGCGGCCAGGCGCUGCCGCUGAGGGCGGGCGAGUUCCGAUCCUCGUCCCUCGCCGCGUCAGUGUCAUCAGCGUGGGUGGUCCUCCUUGUGUGUGUUUGUUUUGAACUGUUUCUUGUUAGAUGAAACGGAACAAAAUCUGACAACAGCUGACAGCAUGAUAUAGUGGUCUAUGUUGCUGUUUCAUAUCAAAUGAUGAAACGGAACAGAAUCGGACAGAAUGAUGUAGUGUUUUGUGUUGCUUUUUCAUCAAAUGAUGAAACGGACAAAAUGUGAGAAGGUUUAGUGUUCUAUAUUGCUGUUUUAUCAAAUGAUGAAACGGACAAAAUCUGACAACAUGAUAUAGUGUUCUAAGUUCUAUGUUCAUGACAGAAUCUGACAUGAUGUAGUGUUCUAUGUUCUAUGUUCAUGACAGAAUCGGACAACAUGAUGUAGUGUUCCAUGUUGCUGUUUCAUCAAAUGAUGAACACAAUCUGACAAGUUUUAGUGUUCGAUGUUGCUUUUUCAUCAAAUGAUGAAACGGAAAAGAACCAGGAUUGUAAUCGAUUAUGCCAAAUACACCAAAACCAAAGAAAAUAUUCAGGUUUUCUUUACCUCUAACAUUAAGAAAUACCUAGCUAACAUACCUCAACUGUCUGGUUUCAACGUUAGAUCUGCUUUGACCUCAAGCUUCUAUAUUUAUCAUCGACAUCUAACUGUACUGUUAAUCUUCCUUAAAACAAUGACAUUGAUUGCUGUCCGAACUGUAGCAAACACUAGCAUGCUGUGUGCAUGCAUUUGACAUUCUUGAUUGAAAACGUUCAGUUUGUUUAACAACAUCACUAGAGCACAUUGAUUUAUUAAUCAUCGGCUAUUGGAUUUGGCUGUAAACAUAAACAUUGAUUUAAAAUAUCAAGAUUUCAUCGCAAAAAGUCAGUCAGUAACAAUGCAUUGCUACAUGGUCAUCUUUAGAUAUUUUGGUUUCUAAGAGUUUUCUGCGACACAUUUCUUUAUUAGAUAUUUUGGUAUGUACAUAUUUAUAUAUUUUGAUAUCAGUACGUAUUAAAGUUACUAGCAUUAUCAAAGGUAAGAUCGCUAAUAAUAUGUAAAUUACUGACAUAUAUUGGAAAAUACAUGACAUUCGAUGUGUCAUUACCCGUGUUGUUAAUUUGAACACUAUGAUACAUGUAGAUGGUGUGACAUGUCAAUAUUUUCAGAUGUAAUGAUGUUUAAAAGUGUUCUUGUGUUCCAUAUUAUAUUUGUAUAUAUGUUACAGAUUACGUAUAUCUGACUCUGUAUAUAUACAAAUUUGCAAUGUGGCACUGAAGUAGUUACAACAGAUCCUUUGUAGGCAUAUAAUCACUAAAGAAAUUCACAAAAUAUCUUUAAACGACAGCUAUAUUUUUCAAAAAUUCUGAUCUGGUGAAAAUUAAUUAUUAGUUGUGUGCGCAUGCAGUAAUUAAUUAAUGACGACCAAACUCUCUAUAUAUAUAUAGUUGUGUUUAAAUGAUCGCUGUUCAUAUUUUCGUUAUCGACAACUCUUCUUGAUUAAAUAUUAAAUUUAUAUUUAUAACAUAACAUCACAUAUGGUUCAACAAUUUCCUGUGCCAAAUUGUGCCUUUUGUUGCAUAUCACCUACCUCAACUGAUGUAUCCGGUCAUUAUUAUUUUAUUAAUCUAGUUCAUGUUUCUUAAACUAAUAAAACACUGAAAUGUGUUCUCUGUAUAGAAAUGAAUAUAAAACACGACGGAGCAUGCCUAUAAUUAACUGAGAUAAAUAACGUGAAAAUUGGCA